GAAGUUUAUUAUUUACGAGAGCUAUGUGUUUGUCACGUCCCCAACUGCCGUGCGUCGGACCUUCGGGUUUCCAGCCAGGCCCCUUUCUCCGUGCCGCCCUCUUCAUCUCGAGACUGUAUCUGCUUCGCCUGCGCCUGCGAUCCUUUGGACUCUACCUCAGGAAGACCAUCCCUCACCCCGCCGUCCACCAGGUAUUUGGAUUCAACUCUGCCAGCUGGACUGCCAACUACAGAGUCAUGCAGAUAGCACGCAGUGAGCUCUCGCAGGAAAUCCUUGUCAUGCAGAGGUCACUUCCCGGUCUCAUGACGGGCAUCUUCGGUGCCCGCUUUACAGUUCACCCUUCGUACAUAUUUCUAACCAAGUCAGGACAAGACCUCCUGGAUUCAUCUUGGAAGGUCGUAAUUGCGACUGCAUCCACAGAAAAACGAGCGAACCAGUGUCCCAAGCUUCAGCCUCCGCUGAAUCUCUCGGGCUCGAAACUAUCACCGCAAGCCGAGGCACUGCUUUCAAAGGGACCCAAAUUCGCUCCCCCUGUCACACCGUCAAGAGUGGAUCAGCUCGCAGCGGUACACCAGAUCGCGUCGAGAAUUCCGGAGCCGGCCCGACAAGAGUUCCUCGGCGUUGGUUCCCGUUUGGUGUGCAUGCAUGGAGCAGCCCACCCAACCAAACCAGAAUUCCCCCAAGUGGUGAAUGAACUCAGGGGGUCUGACCUGAGGCAUUUGGAGGCAGACAAGACGGGAGUGUUUGUGGUUAUGAACGAGUCUAACUUCGGUGAAAAGGUUGAACUCGCCAUCAAGAAAAACUUCGUCCUCGUUAACAAAAGACCGUCCGGCACCCUCCGUUCGGAAGUCAAAGACAUCUGCAGGUCGAACAACCUUUCGUCGCUUCUCACGAGAGUGUCAGCCCCUGCGAACCAGUAUCUAAAAGUUUUUUUCACCGCCAAGACCCACAAGCCGGAGAUCCCGCUGAGGAGCAUCGUAUCAGAAAAUGGAUGCUGGCAGAAGCCUCUGGCUCUCUACCUGCAGAAGCACCUGGCAGCCGUCCCCCUGGACCAGCCUUUCCGCGUGGGCAGCUCUCAGGAACUCCUCCCAGCCCUCCAGCUUCUCCACACAUCAGGCCCAGGUACCACCUUCUUCUCCCUAGACAUCACCGACAUGUACUACAGCCUCGACUUCAACAUCCUCCUGGAUGCGGUAGAAAAAGCCAUCACCACACAGGGCAUCGUCAAAUUCCAAAACUCUUCCGGCAUCCCCCUCAGCGCGUUCCUGCAAUUAAUCAGGGUAUAUCUUCGGUCGACCAUGGUGGAGCAUGACGGGAAAAUAUAUUUACAAAAAUCGGGUGUCUGCAUCGGGUCCUGCCUGGCACCUUCGCUCAGCGAAGUCUACCUUUCCUUCGUGGAUCAGGCCGUGAAGGAGCAACUGGACAGCGUCGCUCCAGGAACCCAGGUGUUCAGAUAUGUGGAUGACUAUCUGGUGCUCCACGACUCCGGCGCGCCCACAGCCGCCAUCCAGAAAGCCUUCACGGAUAACGCAAAUGGCCUGAGCUUCACCAGGGAGGACCCCUCGGCGGAGGGUCUCCAGUUCCUGGACUUACGCCUUGUGGCCACCCAGGGAGGCACUUGCUGGCGCUUCCAGCAGCGGACGCAGAAGCCGGUGCUACCAUUUACUAGCCACCAUUCAAAGACAGUAAAAGCAGGCAUCGCAAAAAGUCUCAUCUCCUCCACCCGCAGAAAGUCCUGUCAACACCUCUCCUCAUCUAGCCUGGAGGGACAGCUCAGCCGGCUCAGCCGCCUCACAAACGCCGGAUACCCGCGCGACCUGCUGGCCUCCACGCUCAGAAAACUAAUAGUUGAAAAAACCGCCGCUCGGAAGCCUGCCCGGCAGAGGUAUACAACCAUCCCAUAUUUCCACAACACCGCCCACCGACUAAAAACAGUGGCUCGACGUUUCGACAUGGACGUUGCUUUUUCGUGCCCCUUCAAGUUGAGCGCCAUGUGCCGCCUGGUAAACACUCCCCCUCCUCCCAAGAUCAGCUGCGCCAAGAGGCAUGCGGCCCCCUUUGUUCCCUGCGCGGUCGGACGGGUGUAUUCAGUGCCCUUCUCGUGCGGGGCAGAGUACAUCGGACAGACGGGCCGCUGCCUCAACGACCGCCUGCGCGAACAUGAGAGAGAAAUAGAAAAAAACGACGAGGACUCCCAACACCCAAUGGUCCAUCACCUCAAGGUUUGCGCUCCAUGCGCCCCCGAGUUCCCGCCCGCGCGUGUUCUGGGGGCCAACAAGAACCGCUACGGGCGCGAGAUCGUGGAGGCGUUCGCCAUAAAAGAGGCGCCGAAGAACAUUUCCUCGGCCUCGUUGUCGCUGUCCGAGAGAGAGGUUACAUUCCUGAGACCGGAGUUGACGGCCUUGGCGGGCCGGGCGAGCGCCCCUUGCUCCUGAGAGGGAAAUCGGGAUGCUUCCUUCCUUCCUCUCCU